AUGGAGGUAUUAAGUAAGGCAUCUCGAGCCGCCACGUCCAAGACUGCACAGCGGACACUCGUGAAUGCGAGCCUCCUCGUUGGUGCUUCGCUAUUCCUGCUGCCAUUUGCUGCUAUCGCCUCAGUCCUGUUUUUCCGCGACUAUCUACCUGAACAGGUGGUGACGACCCCAGUCCACCUCCAGUACGGAUCAGGACCGAACCCUUUUGGAACAGCAGCCAUCCCGACAUCUGCUUUGAGGACGCAGCAGGAGUACGAUGUAUCCGUCACGUUGUCUAUGCCCCGUUCGCCCGCCAACACGCAGCGAGGCAACUUCAUGAUUGCUCUCCACUUGCUGGACGUCGGAGCGUUGUCGACGGGGGAUGACAAAAUACAGCCUCAUAUCGCUCCCGAGCCAUAUGCCCAUUUCGACGGCAAGAGAGUCCUAUUGUCUUCUCGGCGGCCCGCUUUGGUGCCAUAUCAAGAUCCACUGGUGUCGACAGCGUCGCGAAUACUCUUUCUAGCCUACCACGUUUUGUUUGUGGACUCAGAAACAUGCAUACUUACCGUGCCUAUGGCCGAGCGCGUCGAGUUGGCCAAGGGCUCUUCCCUACCCGCCUCUGCGUAUCUUGAAAUCCAGAGCGGCCAGGAGAUUGAGACGUACUAUGCUUCGAUAACGCUGACUGCCCAGCUCCGGGGAUUACGCUGGCUAAUGUACAAUUACCGCGUGACAACCUUGACCGCCGCCGUCCUGCUGUUCUGGGCAUCCGAGAUCCUGUUCAUGGCCGUGGCUUGGCUGGCAUGGGCCGGACUUUCAGGAUCAUCACCGCGCUCUGGCAAGAACGAUGGACGAGCCGUGGAACAGUCGUACUCAAAGUCAAAAGGUCAAGUCAAGCGAGAGGAUGGGAGUGGUAUUGAUGAGCUGUCGGAUGCACCCAGAACCUUUCCUACCUACGGCAAUCAGGCCCCCUUACGAUACGAGCCUGAAGUCAAGGUUGAGCAACAUGCGGGCCCUCGCGUGGAGGACCUGCUCCCGCUCGGCGGCGAGGCCGACGACGAGGAAGAAGAUGACGGAAGGGGAUUCAGAGGAGACUCGGGUAUUGGAACGAGCUACAGUGAUGGAGGUUUCAGUAGUGUGCGGCGGAGGUCGUUACAUAAAACUUGA